AUGCAGCAUUUUUUAAAGAGAACAUUUGCUAUCUCCCACAGCACACUUGCAAUAAUUUUAAUCAUGGAAUUAAUAAUUGGAAUUAUAGGAAAUGGAUUGGUGACCUUGGUUCACUGUAUGGAGUGGGUUAAGACAAAGAAAAUGUCAUUAGUUAAUCAAAUCCUCAGUGCUUUGGCAAUCUCCAGAAUUUUUCAUCUCAGUUUAUUGCUUAUAACUUUAGUCACCUCCUUUUCAUAUGCUGAUUUACCUAUUACUUCAAAUACGAUUCAUGCCAUGAAUAAUGUUUGGAUUAUAGUGAACCACUUCAGCAUCUGGCUUGCUACAUGCCUCAGUGUCCUUUAUUUUCUCAAGAUUUCCAAUUUUUCUAACUCUCUUUUUCUUUAUCUAAAGUGGAGAGUUGAAAAAGUAGUUUCAAUUACAAUGCUGGUGUCAUUGGUCCUCCUGAUUUUAAGUAUUUUACUAAUGAACUUGGAAAUUAACAUAUGUAUAAAUGAAUAUCAAAGAAACAUAUCAUGCAGCUUCAGUUCUCAUUACUUUGCAAAGUGUCACAGGCAGGUGUUAAGCCUUCACAUGAUUUUCCUGUCUGUCCCCUUUGUUUUGUCCCUGUCAACUUUACUCCUGCUCAUCUUGUCCCUGUGGACACAUCACAAGAGGAUGCAGCAGCAUGUUCAAGGAUGCAGAGACACCAGAACCGCAACCCACUUCAAAGCAUUACAAUCUGUAAUUGCAUUUUUCCUGCUAUAUACCAUUUUUAUCCUGUCUGUCUUAGUACAAAUUUGGAAAUAUGAAUUAGUGAUGAAAAAUCUUUUCAUUGCAUUUUGUCAGGUGGUAUAUGUAGCUUUUCCAUCAUUCCAUUCAUAUAUUCUGAUGCUAAGUGACAUGAAGCUGAGACAAGCCUGUCUCUCUGUAUUGUGGUGGCUGAAAUGUAGGCCAAAUUAUGUAGAAACUUUAGAUCUCUAA